AUGUUUGAGGAAGGUGAGGUAGGAAGGAGCUUGCCUAGAUGCUCACAUGCAUUUCAUAUGGAAUGCAUUGAUAUGUGGCUUUUUAGCCAUUCUACCUGUCCAAUCUGUCGAGCUCAAGUUGUGAUGGAAGGUGAUGUUAGUCAGAAAAGCGAGACAGCGAGUGGUGAGGGAACUGAUGUUGCUGCUGAAGAUCCGGCAGCAGAGGAGCAUCUGCUCGUGGAUGAUGAUACGAAUCAAACGGAUGAGGCUGUCGCCAUGAACCGUGAUAACAGAUUAAAUAAUGAUCAAGUUUUGGUAGAAAUUAUGGGAAUUGAUGCAGAUUCCGAAGACGAGAAUGUGGGAAGUAGGGAUUAUCCCAUGUUAGAUUGCUCUCUUAGAAGGAUGUUAAGUAGGAACAGAUCUGAGAAAAGGUUUAAUCCUUCAUCUGCUUUAAUAGUACAGGUUGUUUGA